UUUUCUUCCUUGUCGUUUGCCGUCGAUAACCGGACGAUCUCCUCUCACCGGUAAGGUUGUAAUUAAUAUGUUAAAUUAUUCGUCAGAUUCAGAAAACCUGGUCAACUUUAGGAACCGAUGUCGGAAGGACUGUAACGGGGUUACGAACGGCCAUAUGCCGGCGAUCUCGUACCUGACCUUCGGGCAACCAGAAAUAUAUAAAAUUUAUAUCUUUCGAGAGACCCCUUCUCAAGAAAAAUGUUGAUGAUUUUGUAUUAGUUUCGGGCUGUGUGUGCUGUAUUUGUCGUGUGUGUGUGUGUGUUGUGUUUGUUUCUGAGGUGUGGAGGUUGUAUGUGCGUGAUUCGGUAGCACGAUUUGUUUUUCCUGUGUGUGUCUUUUGCUCUUUUUGUGUUGAAUUUGAGUCCCGAGUAAACUAGCUGAUGUGGUCACUAACUGAAAUUGUAGACGUGGUGUGAGAGUAUGUAGUUUGGGGCUAAAGUGGUAGAGUCUGAAAGGCCUUUAGCGUCCUUUUUGCGAAUGUGAUAUUCUCUCAGGCUUCAUUAUACUUUCUCAAAAUUGUUGUCAAUAAGUUCCACUUCACGCUGUUCGUCUCUUCUUAGUUUUUCUUUUUUGUUUUUGUUUUUUUAACCCUUGCCAUGUUACAGUUUAUUCUUGGUGUCUUCAUGGUACUUGUAGUUUGGUCUCGUGUGUUUCUGUAGGCUAAAAAAUUACCCAAUUACCUAUUUUAUCUGAAAAGUUGUGUUCAAAAUACGAAGACUACGUCCAACUGCCGUCUAGUUUGGCAGCAACAGUGUUUUUUCUGUUUGUAGGUUGUUUUCACCCUUUGAAACUCUUGUUUGUGCUUGAAGUCUGAAUAAGAGUUUUAGAUGUGCGUCUUGAGACUGUAUUGGAGCUGAAAUCACAUCUUGUUUUCUAUUUGAAGUUAUUUUUAAAUACAAACAUUUCGCGUAGUUGUUUACGAUCAGAUUUUCAGCACCAUGUCUGUUCUAUUUUGUCUCGUUUUCACCAUUUUUAACUUGCCCGUCCGUGUUUGGAGUCUUCAUAAUAGUUUUAGUUCAGUACCUUAUCUUUUUGUUCCUUCAGGAAUCAGCUUGAUAACUAUUUUAUGAGAAACAUUUUGAUGAAAACAGAAAUCCUGCACGAAGUUGACGUGUGGCUUGUCCUACUUCUUCCUUGGGGAGUGUAGCUUUGCCCUUGUUUAUGACAUUUGGUUCCACAAAAUGAGUUCAUAUUGAGCAGAGCCCGAGUUUGAUCCUAAUAGUAAGGGUUUGCACGCCACAUUAUAUUUUCAGGAAAACUUUAUGAAACUUGUACCGUGUAAUACCCUGUCUAUUGUAACUUUAUAAAAUUUGUACCGUGUAAAUGCCCCUUGUCCCAUACCUAAGACCGGCUAUUCCCAUAUUCGCUAUCUUGGAGUUCCCCGAACCAAUUUAAAAUUUUAUAUUUGAUAUUAACUAUUUGGGAUUGUUGUUGUUUAGAACGCUUCUCUUAUAGUGCCCUCUCUCUUUUAACAUAGUUUGAUAUAGUUGACUUGUAUAUAAUAUUCUUAUAUUCGUUUUACGGUGUGACAUUCAAUAGCUGUUGGAUGAUUAUAUUGCUGGUCUUUUGAUAUCUUUGUGAUGUAAUUGUUGAAAAUUCCUGGCUGCUGUAUUAGAAUAAUUAUUAAUAGUGUCUUUUUUCUUAAUAAGUAUCAGACCUUACUGCACAAUGCUAAAAUAUUUGCUUGGUUGGUGUGGUUUACAGAAUCAAAAUGCAAUUGAACAAUAAAUUCUGCUGAAGUUACUUAUUUUUACAGAACGGGGUAUUCAUUUUAUGUCAAUUUUUCUUUUCAGGUGCUUUAACAGGCUCGCUUGACCUUAAGAUGUCUCAGCUUCCAGUUUUGAGGUCAAGUUUUCAUGGAAUGAAGGUCGGCUGUGUGCAGAUCAAUCCUAUUCCCAGAACAAGACCUCAGACUUUGUCUUGUGCAUAUAAAAGGCCUCACAACAGUCGUAAAACGAAGAAACAAGAACCGUUACCUCAGAAUGUGGAUCUCCCACAGAUACUUCCUCGGAAGAAGAAGAAGCCAUUCGCCAUUCCAAUCAAGCAGAUUCAGCAAGCUGGAAGAGCCGAUAAGAAGCUUGCACAGAUGGGAAUCGAAAAGACUCUCGAGCCCCCCCAAAACGGACUUCUGCUACCCAAUUUGAUUCCCGUAGCUUACCAAGUUAUCGAUGCUUGGAAAGUUUUGAUCAGAGGAGUUGCACAGCUCAUGCAUGUUAUUCCUGUCCAUGCUUGUAGGUAACAAGAAA